AUGGGAGCAUCAUGCGACGUUACCAUUGACAGGUCCACGCAUUACCAUCCUUGGGCAAACUCAGAGAUGGGAAGUCUAUUUAGUCAGAGUUGGCCAGAAGCAUACAGUCCAUCCCUUGCCGAUAUAGAAGUGCACCAGAAAGCAGAGCCUGAGGCAGCUGCUGCUGCCAUAGCACAGAUUGUCAAGCUCAUCAAGUCGAAUCAAGAAUUGCAGCAAAAGGAUUUGGAGUUUCAGCAGGCCGCCUUACAAGCCAUGGCAGCCGCAGCAGCCUCACAGGAUCAGGCCCACAAAGAAAUGAUGGCGAUGGUCCAGGCCGAAUGUGUGGCCGCCAGAGCACAGAUUGCUGAGCUCAUCGAGUUGAAUCAAGAAUCGCAACAAAAGGCUUUGGAGGUUCAACAGACCGCGGCAGCCUCACAGGGUCAGGCCCAUAUGGAAAUUAUCCAGGGUAUCAGUGAUAUAACAACCACUAUCAUCAGUGAUUUGAUGAGACCUUGA